UUGGGUAGUUUACUUUGCUUAUUAGGGUUGGCAUUUGUUCUGGUCGGGCUUCUAUUUUGUUUUUUAAAAAAUAAAAUUUCGGAGAUGGUAAGGGUUGUUUGUGGUUCGGUUUGUAGUAACCUUGAUUCGUCUUUUCGGCUGGAAGGUUCGAUUCCUUUCAGUGCCUAUAUUUUUGUUUUUUACAAGUUUUAUAUUUUUUAUUUUUGGAAUAAACGACCAUAUUUUUUGAUCAAAACGUAUCAGAACUCCUAAAUUCGAGGAAAAAUGAUAAAUAUUUGUAAGUUUCUUCCUGGGCGAUUAACACUUUUGGAUCUUUUUAUUUCCAAAAUUGAACCAUAAUCACCUUCAUUCUCUCUAGAGCGAUUUCCAGGCUUAGGGUUCGCAAACAACACAAAUUCCUGAACUUUUUGUUUCUUUAAAAAUUUAAUUUUUCAGCUUAAAGAACGUCCAUAUGCUUUGGCAAACAACAUAGAGCUCUGUUAUUUCUGAACGUUGUAAUGGAAUUGAUCAUCAUGAAACAAUAUCUGAUUAUGUUAGUUUUUGUUUUUAAUUUUAUAAUAAGUUUUUUUUCUCUCUGUGAAACUGAAAUUUAAAGGUAGGGAAUCUUUCUGAAUCACCGUUUAAGUCUUCAGACCAGAUUUUGUGACAUAAGCUUUUU